GUUGCUACGGCAUCCGCCCCGAGCUGGUCAACGAAAGCUGGACGUGUUCGCGGUGCGCGGCCCACGCCUGGACUGCGAGCAGGGACUGCGUGCGGCUGGGUCCCCCUCCCGAGGGCGAGUUGGUGGAGCUGCGGUGGACAGACGGCAACCUCUACAAGGCCAAGUUCAUUUCCUCCAUGACCAGCCACAUCUACCAGGUGGAGUUCGAGGACGGAUCCCAGCUGACUGUGAAGCGUGGGGACAUCUUCACCCUGGAGGAGGAGCUCCCCAAACGGGUCCGGUCACGGCUGUCGCUGAGCACGGGGGCGCCACAGGAGCCCGCCUUCCCAGGGGAGGAGGCCAAGGCUGCCAAGCGCCCGCGCGUGGGCACCCCGCUGGCUGCUGAGGACGCGGGGCGGAGCCCGGACUACCUGGCCUUCGUGGAGAGUCUCCUGCAGGCACAGGCCCGGCCCGGGGGCCCCUUCUAGGACCGGCAGGCUGCGAUGCGGCUGUCGCUGCGGACUCCUGUCCUGGCCCCCCGCCCGCGGCACCCUCGAGGGCGACAGGAGCUGGCGGGACGCCGGACGCGCCCCGGACUCAGGGAGCAGGGCCAGGCGGGCUCGGGGCCGUGACGCUCAGACCCACCACGCAAGCUGUCCUCUUCUCGAAAAGGUGCUACUGCAGCGCUCCGAGCAGCCUCUGAGAUUGUCUCUGUACAUAGUCGCCUUUGUGAGGUUCUUUCUAUAAAUACAUAUUGUUUAAAAAAAGCAAGAAAAAGGAAAACAAAGAAAAGGAAAAGUCCCCAAAGUUGUUUUCUAGAUUUGUGGCUUUAAAAAAACACACCAUGAAACAACACGUUGUUUUUCUCAGAACAGGAUUU